CAUCCGCUAUUCGAUGUUAACCGAAGAAGAACGCGUCGGUUAUGUUUAGAUGAGAACGCUAUCCCUGAAAAGCGCGGUCAUUGACGUUUAUAUUCGUCUUUUCUCCAUCCUCGUUCUUCUUUCGCCACACGCUUGACGGAUGACAAAAACACUUUUUGUCACUUAGUGUGUAAAUCGAACAAAAUUGCGAGGCGUACACGUUAGCAUCGAUCGCUAGCCUUGAGCUAACAGGGAGGGCCGCGUUCCAAUUGGCAGCACGUCGCUAAGACAACCGCCAUCCUUUCAAAAUGUGUAAAGUCACAAUGCUGAGAGAGUUAAUGAAGCAGCGCCUCAACUUGGCCGUGGAGGAAAUUUAUCAACUUUUUGAAAGAACCAUAAUGGAGUACGAGGAGGAACUCGGUCGAACAAAGGAGGAGAAAGAGCGGCAAGGCCAAAUACUCGACGCCGUUUUGAAGUCUCGAGCUGUCGAACAGCAGCAGGAAGACAUGCAUCAGGUGUUGGUGGAGGGUGAAGAGGAGGAGCCGGCAGAGCUCCCCCACAUUAAAGAGGAAGAUGAUUACAUAUGGAGCAAUGAAAUAGACGAGCGUCCUGAAUGGCUGUCGCAGGCAGAGGAGCAAGACCCCAACUUCACCUUGACAUUACCCGACGAACCCCACGACGAGCGAAAUCGCAACUUCGACCCGGACGAGCGAAAUCGCAACUUCGACCCGGACAGCAGCUUCGCUCCCAUCUCUGAUAUGGAAGACGAUGACGACGAUGAUUCCGACCAAGACAAACCUUUCCCUUGCAAAAUCUGCCACAAAAAAUUAUCCUCCAAACGCAAUGUGCAACGACACAUGCUCACCCACCAAAAACCCAAAGUUUUCACCUGCGUGAUCUGCGCGGAAAGUUUCCCCACCAGGGCCCGCCUGCGAUCCCACAAACGACGCCACGCGGACAAGCCCAAGUUCGACUGCGCCGAGUGCGGGAUCACCUUCACCAAGCUCCCCCGGUUAAAACGACACAUGGCCAAACACACCGGAGAGAAGCCGUUCGCCUGCUCUUUGUGCGAUAAGAAAUUCAGUUGGAAUUACGCUCUGAAAAGACACAUGAGGGCACACACCAGCCGGGAGCACUUCUCCUGUCCCGUCUGCGCCAAAUGCUUCACCACCAAAUGGUACAUCGCCGUGCACAUGAGGACGCACACGGGAGAGAAACCGUACCAGUGCACCACGUGUCUUAAACGGUUUCAUUUUAAGAACAGUUUUAGGAAGCACACGUGUAUGGAAGACGGCCAGAGCGCUGGAAAUGACGACCAAAACGGAGGAAAUGACGAAACGGCGAUAAACGAAGACGUAGAAUAAGCUGUAGAAGGAGCGGCGAAGACUGAAGUUUGACUGUUUCCGGUGAACAUUUUGUCUUUUAUUGGUAACCUGAAAUUCAUCUUCCGUAGAUACUCGCAAGGUCCCACAUAUUGUGGUGCUACUUAUAGGAGGAUCAAUCUAAAAUAGCUACUUUUUGAACCACAAACUAGUCGUGCGACCUAUACACAAGUAUAUACAGUAGGCAUUUAAAUUUAGUUAACAUGCUUUUUUUUAAUGUAAUCACUGGUUGGUUUAAUAAAUAAAUUCACACAAUGUGUUUUUUCU